AUGGUCACAGCUACACAGAAAGGGGUUCAAGAAGGGAAGGAUUUAGAUAAGAUAUUCCUAUAUGCAGCUCACCAAGUUAAGGGAAUCCAACCUCUUCUCCGAUCUUUCUUCGGCUUCCUUCAACGACAAACAGAUUUCUACGAAGCUUCAACUGAGGCCGCCCAACACAUGGUGCUGAUGUCAUUCCAGGAGUUCUGUGAAGUCCACAAAAACCGAAGUGGUGAGAAGUGUGUCCCUAUCCCGCAGGUCGAAUCAGCCAGUAUCGAGGAAGUCGGGAGUGAAGACACUGCUGAUAGUCCGAACAGCAGUGCUCAAAACGUCCAGAACGAAGAGGAAUCUGACAAGGCGUCUAGUAUAGUUACUGCUGAAGAGUCUUGCUCAACAGAUGAGGAUGAACAUCAUGAUGGGUUCUACGAAGAAAGCAGGAGAACAAAGAAGGGCUCUGUUUACCCAAAUGAGGGGGACGGUGCUACCUACAAACAUUACAAGUGGACACAGUCCCCCACUGAACUGGAAAUACUCGUACCUCUCUGUAAACACCGUCUCAAGCUGAAGAAAACUCUGCAAGUGAAUUACACAUCUUCCUCAAUCUUUGCUUAUAUCCAGGACAAGAAAAUGUUUGGAGGUUUUUUGGCUGACAAUAUAAAAUCAGAUGAAGUGACGUGGACACUAGAGGAUAAUAUUAUCUGUGUUCGGGCGGAGAAAGUGAAGACAGCGUGGUGGAAACAGCUCUUAAUCACGGAACCAAUGUUGUUGUUGAAACCUAUUCUUAGGAAGCACGCCAGUUUAAGUGAUAUUGGUGAGGAGGAGAUGAAACAAUACCAACAGACGGUUGUUAAUAAGAGGGAUUACACCAUUGCAAAACACACAGAACAGUUCCCAGAUAAGUUACCUAUUCCAGAACACUUGCAGUAA